CUUUAGGAAGCUAAGCAAGUAUGCAACCGCAUGAAAACAAGUAUGAAAGGUACCGGCGCUCCGUGUGUUUGGAUUAGUUGCGGGCGCUUGCACUGAAAAUCCUCUUUGCUUUUCUUUUUCAUGCCUUUAUUCGAUGUUCCAGGGUGGUCAAUGCCAGCCGAUCCAGUGCCAGAGGCUGGGUCUCGGAAGCGCAAAAGACCUAUUAGCGACGCAGGGUCUGAAACUCAGAGUAGGAUACACUCUGCAGAAAUCAAUCUCGAAAAACUUGUCAAAAAGUUGACUGGGAAGCGGGAUGUGGGCGAUGCAAGAACAAAUGCGGCUUCCCACUCUAAGCCCAAACCGCGUCGAAAGACAAAGGAGUCUCAGCCGACUGCAGAAGUGGACAAGAAAAGUAUUUCAUUGCCCAUGCCAUUGAUGAAGGCAUCGGACAGAGCAACCAAGAAAACUAAACGGAGCCAUGAUUCUCGUCCCCCAGAUUCUGAGGAGCAACCGGAACGGUCGAGUAAGGAUCUCGAUUCGUCAUCUGGGUUGACGGGCAUGCAGAAGAACAUGAAGCAGAAGUUGGAAGGGGCACGGUUCCGCAUGCUCAAUCAAACAUUAUAUGAAAGUAAAAGUGAAGAUGCGCAGCGGAUGAUGCAGGAGGAUCCUACCGUUUACACCGAGUAUCACAAUGGUUUCAGACAGCAAGUAUUAUCGUGGCCUACGAAUCCCGCAGACCACUAUGUUGAAACCCUCUCAUCGUAUCAUGUCAAUACAAUCGUGGCUGAUCUAGGCUGUGGAGAUGCAGCCAUCGCCCGCGCUUUGAUUCCUAAAGGAAUAUCUGUACUGUCUUUCGACCUGGUUUCUCAUAGCCCUUAUGUUGUGGAGGCAGAUAUCUGUGGUACACUACCAUUACCGGGCUCAGAGGGUACCGAAGGAUCGUUGUCCGAGGGCGAAGCUCAUAUCGUAGAUAUCGUGGUAUUCUCGUUAAGUCUCAUGAGUACAAAUUGGCCGAAGUCAAUUCGUGAGGCGUGGAGGAUCCUAAAGCCCAAUGGAGAGCUCAAGAUAGCGGAAGUCACAAGUAGAUUUCGCAACCUAGAAAAUUUUGUGUCCUUAGUCUCAUCUAUCGGCUUCAAGCUGAAGUCGAAAGACGAAAGGAAUUCACAUUUCACUCUGUUCGAGUUCAGAAAAGUUCCUCGCAGAUUCAAAACUUCAAACGAGUGGGAUAUCAUCUUUUCCAAAACUGACACCCUAAAACCCUGCGAGUAUAAACGUCGAUAAUGUUACGGUUAAUCUUAUCGCAUUCGGAAGCUGCUGAUUCAAGGGCGCAAGGUGUUGAAAAGACGAUCACCCUGGAUUUGACAUCGUUAGAAGUUGCCGGAAAAUACAGUCU